AUAUCAAAAAAAUCUAUAAAGACCCAUGGCUUUUUCUCGUCGCCUUCCUUCCCACUUUGGUAAUUUUUUACAUUUAAUCCAAGACCCAAGGUUUCCAGGCCCUGAUGUGACCGUGAGGGAGUGACGAUCCUUCCCCUAGAUGGAAAGAGAGGUUCAUGCUAUUGUGGUGCUGGUCACAAGCGCAAGCACAAGCUGACCAUUGCUCACCCACUUUUUAACCUUUCCUCUCAACUGCUAUACUAUUUCAAUCCUUUGCACAGCCUUCUCUGUCCUUUUUAAAACACACUUUCUGCAGUUUCGAAUCCUGCCGGCAAUAAGGACUUUUGCACCCUUCCUCCUAGUCCUCCGCUUGUGCCUUCCAUGAUCUGGGCAACUACCCACAUGCUGUUCUCAAUUGGGUUUCUCAUGGUCCCCUAGACCCACUAUAUUUUAACCUUGAGGGAGCGGAUUUCGAAUGUUGGGGAAGCACCAGUUUGAUUUGAUUUGAUGUGGGUUUGGCUUUUUUAUUUCUCUAUUUUAUAGGCUCAUCUCGUGUGACUCGGGCUCUGCUAAUGCAUAUGAGGAGGAAGUGAAAGUGCCAUUGAAGGAAGUAUGUAAGUGUAUUGGAUGAUAGGCAAUGAGAAGGUGGAAGGGACAUGCUAUCGGGCACCGGCUGGCUGACUUGUUCCAAUGCAGGGUGGAAAGUAUGGAAAAAUAUAUUUUAUCUUCCAUGUAAAAACAAAACGAUGGGUGCAGUUUGGAGCUCUUGGAGCUAUACAAACAUACGGGCAAGAGCGUCAGCAACAGGACAUAAAGUGAGCCUUCGAUGGCAGCUCCAAGCCAUCCUCAUGAAGAUGAAUUGUCUGCAAAAACACUGCAGAAACGAUAUGAGGGCCUGGUGACAGUUCGUACUAGGGCAAUUAAGGGGAAAGGAGCAUGGUACUGGAUACACCUCGAACCUAUUUUGUUCCAAAACCAAGACACUGGAGUUGCCAAGGCUGUGAAAUUGCGCUGUGGCCUCUGUAGUGCCUUGUUUUCUGCCUCAAAUCCAUCUAGAACAGCAUCAGAGCAUCUUAAAAGGGGAACUUGCCCAAAUUUCAAUGGAGGAAUUCCUAAUCCUAUUUCCUCCAUUCCUCCAUCUAAAACAAUUGUGUCUGCCAGCUCUUCUCAAAACAGGAAGAGAAGUGCUCUUUCCUUACCAGCGCCUCCAGUGCCUCUUUCCAUGAUUGGUACUCCUCGUCCCAGUUCUGAACUUGUCCGUUAUGGGAGUCCAACUCCUUUAGUUCUUUCAGGGGGUAAGGAGGAUUUGGGUGCCCUUGCUAUGUUAGAAGAUAGUGUGAAGAAACUAAAAAGUCCAGGUGGAAAAGGAGCUCCAGGACAGAUCCUAAGUAAAGGUCAGAUUGAGACAGCGCUUAAUUUUCUUGCUGAAUGGCUCUAUGAAUCAUGUGGCACAGUUUCAUUUUCUUGUGUGGAGCAUCCAAAAUUCAAAGCAUUUCUCAACCAUGUGGGUCUCCCACCAAUCAGUAGAAAGUAUAUUGCUGCAGAAAAGUUGGAUGCCAAGUAUGAGGAGGUAAGAAACGAGUCUGAUGCAAAGCUUCAGGAUGCCAUGUUUUUCCAGUUGGCUUCAGAUGGGUGGAAGAAGAAAAAUUUGUCCUACGGUGAUAAUUUGGUAAAUUUGACACUAAAUCUUCCUAAUGGAACCAGUCUCUUCCGAAAGGCCCUUUUUACCAAUGGGGGAGUUCCUCCCAAGUAUGUUGAGGAAACUCUUUGGGAAACCAUAACAGAGAUAUGUGGUACAACAGUAGAACGGUGUGUGGGAAUAGUUGCAGAUACAGAUAAGCUUAAGGCAAAAGCACUGAGAGAAUUGGAACGUAAGAACUGCUGGAUGGUCAAUCUCUCAUGCCAAGUUCAAGGAUUUAGCAGCUUACUGAAAGAUUUUCAUAAACACUUCAUGUUAUUUAGAUCAGUGGCUUCAGAUUGCUUUAAGUUGGCUACUUUCUUCAAUGGCAAGCAUCAGGCUAGUACAUUUUUUCAGAAGUAUCAAAUACAAGAAUUAUAUCAUGUAAAACUGUUUAGAGUUCCUUCUGAUCCUCCUUUUGCAAACAAUAACUACCCCUACAUUUAUGCUAUGAUGGAAGAUGUUGCCAAUUCAGCACGUGCUUUACAACUCACAGUGUUGGAUGAUUCAUUCAAGGUCUUUUAUGCAGAUGACUCUCUUGGAAGGGAAAUUGCAGAUAUGAUACAAGAUAUGAGAUUCUGGAAUGACCUGGAUGCAGUUCUAUCAUUGGUCAAGCUGAUCAAGUUAAUGGUACAAGACAUUGAGGCUGAUAGGCCUUUGGUGGGACACUGCCUACCAUUAUGGGAUGAACUGAGGGCUAAGGUUAAGGAUUGGUCUGCAAAGUAUAACAUUGAAGAGGGACCUGUGAAAGAGAUUAUUGAAAAGAGAUUUGCUAAGAACUAUCACCCAGCAUGGGCAGCAGCUUUCAUUCUAGAUCCUCUCUAUCUUAUUAGGGAUAGCAGUGGGAAGUAUUUGCCCCCUUUCAAGUGUCUGACACCUGAGCAAGAGAAGGAUGUUGACAAGAUUAUUACGAGAUUGGCUUUUAGAGAUGAAACCCAUAUUGCAUUGAUGGAACUCAUGAAAUGGCGUGCAGAGGGCUUGGAUCCUCUGUAUGCACAGGCGGUGCAGGUAAAACAACCUGAUCCUGUUACAGGAAAAAUGAAAAUUGCCAACCCGCAAAGCAGUAGACUUGUAUGGGAAACAUGCUUAAGUGAGUACAAAGCCCUUGGCAAGGUUGCUGUCCGGCUAAUAUUUCUGCAUGCAACCUCUUGUGGUCUAAAAUGUAACUGGUCAUUUAUGAGAUGGCUAUACACUCAUGGUCAUUCAAGGGCUGCAAUGGAUAAAGCUCAGAAGAUGAUAUUUAUUGCUUCUCAUGCAAGGCUUGAGAGGAGAGAUUUUGUGAAUGAGGAGGAAAAAGAUGCAGAGCUGUUUGCAGAUGGUGACGAUGAUGUACUUAGUGACGUUUUUGCAGAUCCAACCUUGUAACAUAUACUUGUAGGAGCUUAGAACUAAUUCUUUACCUCUUGCCCUUCUUGUCAUUUAGUCUUAAGAUGAGGGAGAAAAGUUGAGUAACUCUAUUAGAUUCCCAUGCUUCAAUAUUGGUUUCAUCUAUCAGAUCUGUUGUUGAUACCCACUUAUCCUUUCUAUGAUCAUUCAGGUUCGUUGAGACUCUAGAAAGUAGGUUCCUGUGUUGUAGAUUUAUCCAUGAAUAUGUCCUGUUGUCUUGGACAGACGGUUUGCCUACACUAUUUAUCUUGUAAUUGAAUUUUAAGAACAAAAGCUUUUUUUUUGAGAUUGAAAGAAGUUUGGUUGUUUGGAA